AUGCCGCCACGAUGGGCUACCCUCGUUUUAAUACCAUCAAUUUUAAUCUGGCAAUCCAUAGAAGCAGCCAAAAACCAAUGCGAGCCGAUCACAAUUCCGCUAUGCAAAGGCAUUGGCUAUAAUAUGACUUCUUACCCAAACCCAUACGGACAUGAAAAGCAGGAAGAAGCCGGGCUUGAGGUCCACCAAUUCUAUCCACUGGUUGAGGUCGGCUGCUACCAACAUUUGAAGUUUUUCCUCUGCGCGCUUUAUACACCAAUCUGCCAGGAGAAUUAUGAUAGGCCGAUUCCUCCGUGUAUGGAACUGUGUCUUGAGGCGAAGAAGAGGUGUUCGCCAAUAAUGCAACGCUAUGGCUUCCGGUGGCCGGAAACGCUGUCCUGUGACGGACUCCCCAAGAUGGCCGACCAGUUCACGAGCGGAAAUAUUUGCGCGGCACCCCCGGAUACACCGUCAAAACCGAAACAAAAGCAACAGAUAAACCCAAUCUCGUCACUCGAAAUCGUGCCCCAAGUGGGUAUCUCUGGAGCGGAUGAUUGUGAGUGCCGGUGUGUGCCUCCAUUUGAGAAAGCACCUGCUGCAUCUCACGUCGGAAACGUUUCCGGCUGCUCCUAUGCCUGUCAUGCUCCAUCUCAUUCCGCCUCCAACCAGAGCUUCGUCAGCACCUGGAUCGCAAUUUGGUCGAUCACCUGCUUCUGCUUGUCAAUGUUCACCGUGUUGACGUUCCUGAUCGAAACGGAGAGGUUCCAGUACCCAGAGCGCCCAAUUUUUGUGUUGGCAUUUUGUCAGGCGAUGGUGGCCGCCGGAUUCUUGUUGAGGGCCUUUUUCGGGCAUGAAGCUGUUGCGUGUGAUUCCUGGAAGGUUCGAGGGCCAGAUGAGGGAACCAACUUAUGUUUUGUGGUGUUCCUUCUUACCUACUUUUUCGGGAUGGCCGCCUCGGUUUGGUGGGUGGUACUGUCUUUGACGUGGCUGUUGGCUGCUGGCUGUAAAUGGAGUACAGAAGCCAUCGCCUCCUACAGUGUCCACUUCCACAUCGUUGCUUGGGGUCUACCGGCUGUUCAGACGGGUCUGGCUCUCGCAUUCUCGGCUAUUGAUGGUGAUCCGGUAUCAGGCAUCUGCUACGUCGGCAACACGAACGUUCACUUCUUGAGGCUCUUUGUUUUGGGCCCUCUCACCGUAUACUUUGUAUUUGGCGUCUUGUUCUUGGCCAUCGGCUUCUUCAACUUGUGGCGCAUUCGUAUUGAGGUCCAAAAACAACAACACGGCCUGGAAAACGUCACGAAAGUAACGCAGCUAAUGUCGAAGAUUGGAAUCUUUUCAGUCCUGUAUACGGUCCCAGCCCUGUUCUUGAUCCUUGUCCUCUUCUAUGAGCAGCGCCAUCGGCCACUCUGGGAGCAAGCCGCUUUGUGCAGCUGCUCGAGCACCAAAGCUGAUACUGGAGAAGCCGCCUUGUUGCUGGCCCUGAUCAAGACCGCCUCAAUGCUGGUGGUCGGUUGGACGUCAGGGGUGUGGAUUCUGUCGAAGAAGACGUUACGCUCUUGGCGGGAUCGUUUUUGUUGUCUUUCGAAUAGACAUAAAUAUCAACCGGCUGAGCUAAUCUACGGGAAAAGCGAAUGUUCCACUCCUCAUUUCUACAACACUACCCUCCGGCAGCACCACCUCUACAAACAGCCCAUGUUGCCGGAAAAAUUG